AUGCCAUUUUGUCACGGUAAGACACGAGAGUCGGUAGAGGAGCUUAAGGUUUCCUACACUCAGAACCAGUCGGUAGAGGAGCUUCAGGCUUCCUACACUCACAACCAGUCUAUAGAGGAGCUUAAGGUUUCCUACACUCACAACCAGUCGGUAGAGGAGCUUCAGGCUUCCUACACUCACAACCAGUCUAUAAAGGAGCUUAAGGUUUCCUACACUCACAAUCAGUCGGUAGAGGAGCUAAAGGUUUCCUACACUCACAACCAGUCGGUAGAGGAGCUAAAGGUUUCCUACACUCACAACCAGUCGGUAGAGAUGCUUAGGGUUUCCGACACUCACAACCAGUCUGUAGAGGAGCUUCAGGCUUCCUCUACUCACAACCAGUCUGUGCUUACACACAACCAGUCGGUAGAGGAGCUGCAGGUUUCCUACACUCACAACCAGUCGGUAGAGGAGCUUCAGGUUUCCUACACUCACAACCAGUCGGUAGAGGAGCUUAAGGUUUCCUACACUCACAACCAGUCGGUAGAGGAGCUUCAGGCUUCCUACACUCACAACCAGUCUAUAGAGGAGCUUAAGGUUUCCUACACUCACAACCAGUCGGUAGAGGAGCUUCAGGCUUCCUACACUCACAACCAGUCUAUAAAGGAGCUUAAGGUUUCCUACACUCACAAUCAGUCGGUAGAGGAGCUUAAGGUUUCCUACACUCACAACCAGUCGGUAGAGGAGCUAAAGGUUUCCUACACUCACAACCAGUCGUCGGUAGAGGAGCUUCAGGCUUCCUACACUCACAACCAGUCUAUAGAGGAGCUUAAGGUUUCCUACAUUCACAACCAGUCGGUAGAGGAGCUUCAGGCUUCCUACACUCACAACCAGUCUAUAAAGGAGCUUAAGGUUUCCUACACUUACAAUCAGUCGGUAGAGGAGCUAAAGGUUUCCUACACUCACAACCAGUCGGUAGAGAAGCUAAAGGUUUCCUACACUCACAACCAGUCUGUAGAGGAGCUUCAGGCUUCCUCUACUCACAAACAGUCUGUGUAG